AUGAUCCAGUUAAGAGAAAUAGGAAAAACUGAUGUACUGGUGUCUUCUAUUGGACUUGGGUGUAUGGGUAUGAGCGAGUUUUAUGGCCCUACAAACGAUGAACAGAGUGCCAAGACGCUUGAACGAGCAGCUGAACUAGGCUCAACACUUUGGGAUACUUCUGAUGCAUAUGGAAUUAACUCACAUAAUGAACGACUUUUGGCUGGGAUAUUAAAAACACAGAGAGACAAGAUAUUUGUGGCCACAAAGUUUGGCUUCGUUCGAAACAAAGACAACGAGUUUACUGGCGUUAGUGGUUCACCGGAAUACGUCCGUGAAGCAUUUGCCAAAAGUCAAAAGAGACUUGGCGUUGAUUUAGUUGAUCUGUACUACCAACAUCGUGUCAAUGCUAACGUUCCCAUCGAGGAAACCGUAAAGGCAAUGGCCGAACUUGUAAACGAAGGGCGUGUUCGUUUCCUUGGCUUAUCCGAAUGUUCCGCAGAAACCCUUAAGCGAGCACAUAAAGUGCACCCUAUCGCUGCUGUUCAGAUCGAAUAUUCCCCUUGGUCCCUGGAUAUCGAGACAAAUGGGUUGCUAGAUACUGCUCGUGAAUUAGGUGUUUCGAUUAUCGCAUAUUCGCCUUUGGGUCGUGGGUUUUUGACUGACGUUCUCUUCCUCGCUUUUUUUCCUGAGAAUUUUGAUAAAAACAUUAAGCUUGUCGAUGGAAUUACUGCCCUUGCUACCAAGAAAGGUGUUACCCCUAGCCAAUAUGUACUGGCGUGGAUCCUUGCUCAAGGACCUGAGUUUAUUGUAAUUCCUGGUACCAGAAGAGUAAAAUAUCUCGAAGAAAAUGCCAAGGCUGGGGAGAUUGUAUUGUCAAAAGAAGAGGUGGCCGAGAUGAGAGAUUUAAUUAAUAAUGCCGAUACUAUUGGAAAUCGCUAUUUUCCUGCUUUCCUUUCACUUGUAAAUAUCUAA